CACAUGCAAAUCACUGCCGGCAGCCAAACAUGAAUAAUAAUAAAAAUGCUAACAAUGGAAAAGAAGUGGGCGGGGCUAAAACAAGUUUGACAAACAUACAAGCAAAUAUUCAGAAUACAACAAACAUUCCAACAAACAUUAACAUUCCAACGAACAUCCAGACAAACAUUCCAACAAACAUCCAAACAAACAUCCAAACAUUAAAAACAUUUCCAACUUUGUCAACAACAACAACAACUUUUCCACAAACAUUUCCUUCAAUUCCAGUUAUCCAACAAACAACAAACACACAAACUUUACCAACUUGUUUAGAUUAUCAAAAACAUGAACAACAACAAGAAUUACAACAAGUCAAACACGAAUUGUUUAGUUCGGAAAGAAAUGUUGUUAACAACAAUAACAUAACUUCUCUAACUUCAAUAGACUACAACACAACAUUGGUUAGACAUACAGACCCCUCCUCUUCUCAAACAAACACUCAAACACCUGUAAUUAUACGUUGUCCUACAAAUGAUAAUAAUGAUAACAAUAUUUAUUCCAAUCAAUUAAAUUCUUUUGAUUAUUUUAAUCAUCAAUGGAUGCCCCAUAUAGGGAUUUGCCCUUCUAUGGCAGAAAUGACUGGUGAAAACAUCGAAAAUAAUAAUGGGGCUAUUAGAGCUUUGCAGCAACAACAAUUACCUCAACAUGCUAUAGAAGCAAUCCAGGCAAUUUUAAUUUAA